AUGAAUGGAAAACUUGAUAAUAACGAUAAUCUGAACUCGCCAAUAUCUUCAUCGAUCGACUACUAUUCAUCACAAACACAUUCAACCUCACCACAUGAUGACAAUAUAACAAAUAUGUACAACAACAAUACAGGUAGCAUCACCAACAACACCAAUAAUAAUCAUGAUGACGAUGAUAUCACUGACGGUAUUGAUCGAAAUGAUAUUUGCAUAGGUGGAGAUGAUCGAGGCAGUAGAGACAAUAACGGUGACAAUAACUCUGGCGGUAAUGGACUUCUUGUGGUAAAAAAUAAAAAAAUUCGUAAACCACGUACAAUUUACUCGAUAUGGCAAUUGCAAAUGUUGAAUCGUCGUUUUGUUCAUUCACAGUAUUUAAAUUUAACUGAACGAGCUAGUCUAGCUUCACAGCUUGGUUUAACGCAAACACAAGUGAAAAUAUGGUUUCAAAAUAAACGUUCAAAGUUGAAGAAAAUUCUUCGUCAAGGUCAAGAUCCAACAGCUUUCCUCAAUAGUACAACUAAUGGUACAGGAGAUGAAGAUCAAAUGGAAAGUGAUUAUGAUGAAGAUGCUAAUUCCCUGAAUUAUGAUUCAUCAAAAUUAUCUUCACAUGUUGACAAUUCAGAUCAGAUCGAGUACAAUAAUAAUCAUAAUAAUAAUCUUCCGCGUAGUCAACACUCUCUUCAAACAAAUCCUCAUCAACUGCCGUCAAUAAAUCGUCGAAAAGAAGAUUUCAUUAAUGAAUCUGUUGAUAUACAAAAGACCUCUGAACUUAAUAACCCAUCGUAUGAAAAUAGAUUUUUCCCGUCAGUGAAUUUGAAGCAUGAAUCAUAUUCAGACAGUACACUUCAAAUGAAUACAUUAACAGACGCGAAUCAAUCAAAUACAUUUGUGCAACCUGAGGAUAACGUGCCGCCACCGUCUGUCCCAAAUCACAUGUUAACGGACCAAUCUAGUCAUCGUUUAACUUGUAACCUGUCCUCCAACUCAAAUUCCCACUGUGGUGGUGCUACUCAAUCGUCAAAAUCAUCACCUUAUUCAGAUGUUAGACAAAGUCUUUCUGAAGGUAUCACUAAUACGAAUAAUACAUUGAAUCAUGAAGAAGCCUAUUCAUCACACACAUCAUCAUGGUCAUCAUCAAGUCCUGUAAAACCUAAAGGACACAGCGAUGAAACCUGUUCAACUUCACCUCAUCCACCAAUCACGUUAAACCAUUCGAAUUCAGUUGAGACUAAAUGGUCCAGCACUGCUGUGAAUCUACCAAACGAGAUGAAUUCUGAUUGGUUGUCGAAAGAUACAGUUCGAUAUCCAAACACUGAGAUCUCCACGCAUCAGACUGUGGAAGAAAAAUAUAAAAGUUUAACAAAUCAUACAGAGCAAUGGUGUACUAUUGAUCGGCCUAAGAUUGAACCACAAGCUGAGUCAACUUUACUCGAAGUUCCUCCAUAUGAUUAUACUUAUUAAGAGUUAUGUAAUAUUUAGUGAAAAAACUGCUACACUAUAUUACUGAAGGAAAAUAACCCAAAAUGUGUGCAUUUUCCUACAGCGCCUCAAGAGAAUUAAAAUCUAAGUAAAGUAAAGUUCGAAAUUCAAUGUUCAAGGUGAUCAC